UUUGAAUUGACUGAUAGAGUUUGGAAAAAGAUUAAGAGAAUAUAAAGUAUGGUGUUUCAUAUGGUGCACUGUUUGAAGUGAGUACCACUGACAGACCUGGAAACCCUUACCCUCGGCAAGAUUAUAAUGAAGGGUGGAACCACUUCCUAUCCUGCUCUACCAUCCAAGAAGAUUGGUUCAGUUAACAAAACUACACAUGUAACUGGGAGUCACACCUAUUGAGAUUCUGAGACUUCUUUAUUUGAGGGUCAGAGAUAGCAGGCAUUUGUUUACCUAUUAGCAAGUUUACUUCAAGCUACAAGAUGAGCGCUCAAAGUAAGAGAAAUAGGUGAUACAAAAUAAGUCCGUGAUCAACAACUUCGUCAAAGCACCAAAUAAAGCUCGCUUGCCGACUAACAUGGACUCCAAACAAAGCUAUUCUUCUAAAUGAUAGCAGGGGUUUAAGAAGCGACUGGGAAUGAUGGAUUUGCCUGUUGAUCGCGGAAGAAUGUCUGAACGGGCCCAAACAGGUCGUUCUCCUCCUCCAAGACGACGAAGGACGAGAGAAUAUAUCCCUAGCUCUCAUUCCAAGCCAAGGCAGUCUAGUUCUGAUCUGAAUAGCUUGGAUUCACGGACAAUUGACAAAGUACUCGAUGUAUUCGAUCAAAAUAUGAAUGCUCUGCAACAAAUGGAACAGAAGCCAACACGAUCGCAUGGUGAGGCAACUCGAGGAAGAUCUUUUGAAAAUGGCUCACAACUCGGCGAACGAUUCCAUAUACUCAAAGCUGAGAAUAAAAUACUAAGAGAAAGGCUUCAAAAUGCUCUUCAACGCGAAAUGAAGGCUUUGAAGACUUUUAAAAGGCUGGCAAAGGAAAACAGACAACUGAAGUUGAAUAUGAGAAAAUAUGAGAGGACGUUGCUGGGAUUGUACGAGGAUGAAACAGAUUCCGACCCCAACGAGGAGUUAUCACGAGAGAAUGAGCUUCAAGCUUACACCAGUCGCUUGGCAGUGCCUCCCGCUAAGAGCAAGCGCUCCAACUCGGCCGAUAGCGACAGCUCUUAUCUAAACACCGACGAAGAUAAACGUUCUACUUCGAUGCGAAUUACUAGAAGCGCUUCCACCUCAAUGGAGCAAUUGAACCGGAAUGUUUCCGCGAAGCAAGAUAAAGCGACUUCGACACAUGACUUGGAGUGGAGAAGAGAAGGUAGCAGGAAAACUAACAAGGAACACGAAGUUAUCUCUAGUGAUGUACCCAAGGUAGAGGACUUCAGGUGGCGAAAAAAUUCCAAAGAUUCGACUUCAUCGAUCGACAACGAAAGCAAUCUAACGGACUCUACUAAAGUGAGACUUCUUCAUCGUCAACUCGUUGAUUUACAAACUCAAUCGCUGACGGAAAGACGAAAGUAUAGCGAUGUAAGGAGGUAUUGGGGAGAUUCCACGUCUUUACAUAGCUCACUAGAAGUAAACCCAACUCUACACAGAACUUUGAGCUCACCGAGCGUCCUAGACACUAACGAAGAGACACCCAGUAGUAAUCCAUGGAGACGUGUGUCUGACGGUGCUGUUGCAAGAAGCCCUCCCGACAUACCCCACGGUAUACGACACUCGUUCCACGAGGAUGAACUCGAAACAGUCCCUGAAAUCACCGUAUCUGUUGAUGGUUACCAUGGCGAUGAUGUUGACAGCCAGGGCAGUUGUGAGCUCGAUUCUCCUCCAUCCACACAGGAUGACAACCAUUCUACAAGCCAUUCCCCCAUGCUUUCCUACUCGAAUGAUGAAGAGGAUGUAUCCCAGACAUCACCACGUUCAUCGCCACCUCUCUUGACCAUUGAGCUACCUGCUGAAUCUCUAAAUGAGAUAGAGAAACCCUCUUCUACAACUCACCCUUCCAUUCACCGUGGUUUCCGUAGGCCUCCACUUGGCCACACUGUCUCGCUACCAGCUGCUUCUUUCGAGCAUUACGUAUCAGUCUUCCAAGGGGUUAACGGCUCACGAUCCGACGCUGAAGAGACCAUCGAGGAAGAGGACGAGGAAGACUUGGAUGAAGAUGAAAUCCCGGCUGCAGCGCUUCACCGACGAGACCGACGGACAUCUGUCGAUGACGACGAAAUCUAYGUCAAAAAGAAUCGCGACAAACGACAAAAGAAAACAUCUGUUUCACUGCGAUUUGACGGGGACGUGCCUCGUGAGCAUGCAGAACAUCUCGCAGCAGACAUUGCGGCCUACCUCGAGUACAGAAAACAAUGUCCGCAAGAGAGCAACCAUACCGAUUCGUCAGCGUCAAAGCCAAACGAAGAAGAUGAAAUAAGUAUGGCGGAAUCCGCAGCCAUUGCACGUGCCAGGUCACUCAGUCGAAGGCGUGGUUCCGCAGUAGUGACGUUGCCAGGGGAACGAAGUUAUCAAAUGGACCUCCACGUGUUUAAUAAACAAGCGGAUCGAUUUGAUAAGUCGUUACUUCAUGAGAAAUCCAUGUUGCAUGACAAGAGGGAUUUAUCAGGUUCUACGACAUCACUGAAUAGUAUAGGKGAUCCAGAAAAAAGAUCUCGGUGGUCGAUUCUUAAGCGCAACAAAAAAAUAAUUUAUGGUAAAGAUGCCAGACGACAGACGGAAGACUUUAAAGAAGCCUUGAGUCAGUUACGAGAGAAUCCAAAAGGAGCGAUAGAACACGAACUAACUGAGUAUAAAGAUAGCCACUGGACACAGCUAAUACCCAGUCCUCGUGGAACACCCCGCCGACCGUUAUCUGAAGGAUUCAGCAGUCUCUCGAGUCAAGAAACAAAACGACGUGAAGCACUGUGGGAGCUCUUUCACAGUGAAGUGGUGUACCUCAUAGAUCAUCUAUUGGUCCUAAAUGAAGUAUUCCUGGAACCUCUAAAACUACUUCAACACAUGGGUUACUUAUGUGUUGUAAAUAGUUCCAAGAUAUUUAGUAACGUGAAAGGACUGUGUGAGGUCAGCGCUAAAUUCGCCGCCGACUUGUUGUUAGUUUUCAAAGGGGAUCAGUCUAAACAGUUUGGUAACACAGCUGCUGUAGUCACGGCGUUCACAGAGUUUGGAUCCAAGCUACAACCUCAGUACCAGGAAUAUUGCCUGAACUACUCCAAGGUGUUGGGCUACCUGGACCACUGUAAAAAGUCUGACGAUUUCCAGGAAUAUGUCAAGUGGUGCGAAGCUGAUCCUCGGUGCAACCGACUUCAACUGACAGAUUUGUUAGUGGCACCUCUACAACACUUGACUAAAUAUCCAUUACUCCUUAAGAACAUUCGUGAAAGAACGUCAGAAGGCGAAGAUGAGCACAGCUCUUUGUCAUCUGUUAUCAAGUCUGUAGAACGUUCAAUCAAGGAACUAGAAGGUAAAGUAAAGUCCUUGGCAAAUUUUGAAAGGUUACAAGAACUGCAGAACUGCUUAGUGUGGCCGUCAAUCAUUGAGCUGGACCCCAAGACCUAUGUACCUGAAUUUCUACGAGGUAUUCUAGCCAAACAACCAUGUGAAAGUCUGCUUACAAGUCCUAAACGACAGUUACUAUAUGAGGGUCCCCUAGUCCUGUUAGAAAACACCAAACAAGAUAUUUACGCCUUCCUGUUUGAUGAUAUGCUUCUUCUGACGAGAUAUCGUAAAUACCAGCAGAAAAUUAACAAGAAACUUAGCCUUGCAGGGAUGACGUCAGAUAGCCCACCACCCACCCCUCCUGUGGUACGAAAGGUUACAACUACAGGACAGUAUACAGUGUAUAAACAGCCGAUACCAUUAGAUCGGUUUAUAAUCAUUGAUGCUGAAGCAACACAUGCCGGCAAUACCAUGAAAAAUACCUUCAUCAUCAUCCACUACAGCCGCUUCAAACAGACCAUCGGCUUGUAUACACUCCAAGCUCCUUCGCAGAACCUUAAGGAAACCUGGACAAGUACCCUCAAGUCAGCACAAGGCAGCUGGUCAGAGGCUGUUGCAUCUGAAAUUGCCGCUGAAGCUCAGAAGCCACCACCCAUCUCAAAUCCUGAAGAAGAGACUGAGACUAGCGAAAGGAUCUCUGACGAAUCAGUAAGCACCAAUCGAAUGCUGUCAUAUCACAAGCCAAUAGAAUAUCACUGUUAGUAGCCACGUGACAUACUGGAGAUUCUCAAGGAACCAAUCAUGUGAUUGAACUGAGUGAAUAUAUGUUAGGUUCAUGUGACGAGAGAUUGACAAGCACUUGGUCACAUGAUAUAUCCCAGUGUCAAUCAAAUUCGGCUUCAAUCGACUACUAGAUUGUCUAUUUUAGGAAACAAGUGGUCUGAGUAUGCUUAUCAUCUUUUUACAAACAUAAUGUGUACAUAGAAGAGUUUUCUCAUUGUAUAAAGAUAAAUAUUUUGUUUUAUUAAAAUAGGGAAUUAUAUUCUUACAUAAUUCUAUGAAUAGAACUGAAACUACUUGUGUCCAGUGAUUCAGAAAAAAAUGUUUUGAUUUUACAAAACCACUUUAAAAAUUAAAA